UGAAGUCAAAAGCGUGCAGUAUGUUUAUAGGGUCAUAAGAAUCAGCUGUUUUAAUUUUCGGCUCGUGCAAGUGAUAGUAUCUAAAAAACUUUUAUAAAAAUGCAAUUAACUUUAAUUAAUUUCUUCAAAAAAACCGUGCCUGGACACAUUUUUCGAGGUAAGCGCCGACUUAUAAAACCGGUGAGCAAACGCGCAAUUGAAACACUACGUCGUGAUUACGAAAGACAGGAGCAAAAUAUGUUAUGGUUGCGACACCCUUACUUAACGGUGGAGGAAUCAUCGGGUCAUGCCAAAGAAUUGGGAAAGACCGAAGCUAAGUUGGCAAUGUGGAACGACCGACGCACACUAACCAAAAUGAAACCACACAUAACCAUUGAGGAGAGACUUGCACAUUUGAAAGUAAAAGAAGCUUGGGAUUAAAGUUAUGAAUUAUAAAUUACUAUAUUAAAUAAAACAUUUAAAAAAAAA